GUCAGAUUUUCCUUCCGAAAGCCUCAGUGUCCACGUCCUCAAAGCAUGGAACCAAUUUAGCGUCGCCGCCCCCCGCCGCCGCCGCUGCCAAGGCUGCUGUGGAGGGCUGGAGACGCGGGGCACGUGAUGGCCUGGGCGGCGCCGGGACCCUCCUGCGGUAUAAGUACGGUGGACCGGGGCUGGGUUAAUUUAGCGUCCCUGGCAGCAAGUUUCUGCUGAGGUUGGAGUUACUCCUCGAGACUGUAUGCCUGCGUCCCACAGGCGAUAGCUAACCAACCGACUCGGCACCACAAGGAGUCUGCAUGUCUUGCAACUAGACAUGCUCAGCUUUGUGGAUACACGGAUUUGGUUGCUGCUCGCAGUAACUUCAUACCUAGCAACAGGCCAACAUGUGAGUCAGGCACCUGCAGGGCGCAAGGGCCCUAGAGGAGACAAAGGGCCGCAGGGAGAAAGGGGUCCACCAGGUCCACCAGGCAGAGAUGGUGAAGAUGGUCUACCAGGUCCUCCAGGGCCCCCUGGUCCUCCAGGUCUUGGCGGAAACUUCGCUGCUCAAUAUGAUCCAUCUAAAGCAGCAGAUUUUGGCCCAGGACCUAUGGGUUUAAUGGGACCCAGAGGCCCUCCUGGAGCAUCUGGACCCCCUGGUCCUCCUGGUUUCCAAGGUCUACCUGGUGAGCCUGGUGAACCUGGUCAAACAGGUCCCCAGGGUCCUCGUGGUCCCCCUGGUCCUCCAGGAAAGGCUGGUGAAGAUGGUCACCCUGGCAAACCUGGAAGACCUGGUGAGAGAGGUGUUGCUGGACCUCAGGGAGCUCGUGGUUUCCCUGGAACUCCUGGUCUGCCUGGCUUUAAGGGAAUUAGGGGACACAAUGGUCUGGAUGGUCAAAAGGGACAACCUGGUACUCCUGGCACCAAGGGAGAGCCUGGUGCCCCUGGUGAAAAUGGUACCCCAGGACAACCUGGUGCUCGUGGUCUCCCUGGUGAGAGAGGAAGAGUAGGUGCCCCUGGACCAGCUGGUGCUCGUGGAAGUGAUGGCAGUGCUGGCCCCACUGGACCUGCUGGCCCUAUUGGUGCUGCUGGUCCUCCAGGCUUCCCAGGUGCUCCUGGUGCUAAGGGUGAAAUCGGACCUGCUGGUAAUGUUGGUCCUAGUGGUCCUGCUGGCCCAAGAGGAGAGAUUGGACUUCCUGGUUCUAGUGGUCCUGUUGGCCCUCCAGGCAACCCCGGUGCUAAUGGUCUCCCAGGGGCUAAAGGUGCAGCUGGUCUUCCUGGUGUUGCUGGUGCUCCUGGUCUGCCUGGUCCCCGUGGUAUUCUUGGUCCUCCUGGCCCUGCUGGUCCUAGUGGUGCUAGAGGACUUGUUGGUGAACCAGGCCCCGCUGGUGCCAAGGGAGAAAGUGGUAUGAAGGGUGAGCCUGGUGCUGCUGGACCUGCUGGCCCUCCUGGCCCUAGUGGUGAGGAAGGCAAGAGAGGCAGCCCUGGUGAACCUGGCUCUGCUGGUCCCCCAGGCCCUGCUGGUCUGAGAGGUGUACCUGGAUCUCGUGGGCUGCCUGGAGCUGAUGGCAGAGCUGGUGUCAUGGGACCUGCUGGUAACCGUGGUGCUAGUGGUCCUGUUGGUGCUAAGGGUCCUAAUGGUGAUGCUGGCCGUCCUGGUGAGCCUGGUCUUAUGGGUCCAAGAGGUCUCCCAGGUCAGCCUGGAAGCCCAGGCCCUGCUGGCAAGGAAGGUCCUGUUGGUUUUCCUGGAGCAGAUGGUAGAGUUGGGCCAAUUGGUCCAGCUGGUAAUAGAGGUGAGCCUGGCAAUAUUGGAUUCCCUGGACCAAAAGGUCCCACUGGUGAACCUGGCAAACCUGGUGAAAAAGGCAAUGUUGGUCUUGCUGGCCCACGGGGCGCUCCUGGUCCAGAGGGAAACAACGGUGCCCAAGGUCCACCUGGAGUCACUGGCAACCAAGGUGGAAAGGGUGAAACAGGUCCUGCUGGCCCUCCAGGCUUCCAGGGUCUGCCAGGUCCCUCGGGUCCCGCUGGAGAGGCUGGUAAACCAGGCGAGAGGGGUCUUCAUGGUGAAUUUGGUGUCCCUGGUCCUGCUGGCCCAAGAGGUGAGCGUGGUCCUCCUGGUGAGAGUGGUGCUGUUGGCCCUGCUGGUCCCAUUGGAAGCCGUGGUCCCUCUGGCCCACCAGGCCCUGAUGGUAACAAGGGUGAGCCUGGCAAUGUUGGUGCUGCUGGUGCUCCUGGUCCUGCUGGCCCUGGUGGAAUCCCAGGAGAGAGAGGUGUUGCUGGUGUUCCAGGAGGCAAGGGUGAAAAGGGUGCCCCAGGUCUGAGAGGUGAUACAGGUGCAACAGGAAGAGAUGGUGCUCGUGGUCUCCCUGGUGCUAUUGGUGCUCCUGGCCCUGCUGGUGGUGCUGGUGAUCGGGGAGAAGGAGGUCCUGCUGGUCCUGCUGGUCCUGCUGGUGCCCGUGGUAUCCCUGGUGAACGUGGUGAGCCUGGUCCUGUAGGUCCCAGUGGAUUUGCUGGACCCCCUGGUGCAGCUGGUCAGCCUGGUGCUAAAGGCGAGCGUGGGCCCAAAGGACCUAAGGGUGAAACUGGACCAACAGGUGCCAUUGGCCCAGUCGGUGCUUCUGGACCACCAGGUCCUGCUGGUGCUGCUGGUCCUGCUGGCCCUCGUGGUGAUGCUGGUCCUCCUGGCAUGACUGGUUUCCCUGGUGCUGCUGGAAGAGUUGGUCCUCCUGGCCCUGCUGGCAUCACUGGUCCCCCUGGUCCUCCUGGCCCAGCUGGCAAAGAUGGUCCUCGAGGUCUACGUGGUGAUGUUGGACCAGUCGGCCGCACUGGUGAACAAGGUAUUGCUGGCCCACCUGGUUUUGCUGGUGAGAAAGGUCCAUCUGGAGAAGCUGGUGCUGCUGGUCCUCCUGGUACCCCAGGUCCUCAGGGUAUUCUUGGUGCUCCUGGUAUCCUUGGUCUCCCAGGCUCUCGGGGAGAACGCGGUCUUCCAGGCAUCUCUGGAGCAACAGGUGAACCUGGUCCCCUGGGUGUUUCUGGUCCUCCUGGUGCCCGUGGUCCCUCUGGUCCUGUGGGUUCUCCUGGUCCCAAUGGUGCUCCUGGUGAAGCUGGACGUGAUGGCAAUCCUGGAAAUGAUGGUCCUCCAGGCCGUGAUGGUGCACCUGGUUUUAAGGGUGAGCGUGGUGCUCCUGGUAGUCCUGGUCCCAGUGGUGCUCUGGGUGCUCCUGGUCCUCAUGGCCAAGUUGGUCCUUCUGGAAAGCCUGGAAACCGUGGUGAACCUGGCCCUGCUGGUGCUGUUGGUCCUGCUGGUGCGUUUGGUCCAAGAGGUCUUGCUGGCCCACAAGGUGCACGUGGUGAGAAAGGUCUACCUGGUGAUAAGGGACCUAGAGGUCUGCCUGGCUUGAAGGGGCACAAUGGAUUGCAGGGUCUUCCUGGUCUUGCUGGCCAGCAUGGUGAUCAAGGUCCUCCUGGUAACAUUGGCCCUGCUGGCCCAAGGGGUCCACCUGGUCCUUCUGGUCCUCCUGGUAAAGAUGGUCGCAAUGGUCUCCCUGGACCUAUUGGCCCUGCUGGUGUGCGUGGCUCUCAUGGUAGCCAAGGUCCUGCUGGUCCUCCUGGUCCUCCUGGUCCCCCUGGCCCACCUGGUCCCAAUGGUGGUGGAUAUGAAACUGGUUUUGAUGCAGAAUACUACCGGGCUGAUCAGCCUUCUCUCAGACCCAAGGAUUAUGAAGUUGAUGCCACUCUGAAAACACUGAACAACCAAAUUGAGACGCUGCUGACCCCAGAAGGCUCCAAAAAGAACCCAGCUCGCACCUGCCGUGACCUCAGACUUAGCCACCCAGAAUGGAGCAGCGGCUUCUACUGGAUUGACCCCAACCAAGGCUGCACUGCAGAUGCCAUUAGAGUAUACUGUGAUUUUUCCAAUGGUGAGACUUGCAUCUAUGCCAACCCUGACAAUAUUCCUGCUAAGAACUGGUAUAUCAACAAGAAUCCCAAGGACAAGAAGCAGCACAUAUGGUUUGGUGAAACUAUCAAUGGUGGCAGCCAGUUUGAAUACAAUAGUGAAGGAGUGACCUCCAAGGAUAUGGCCACCCAACUUGCCUUCAUGCGUCUGCUGGCCAACCAUGCCUCCCAGAACAUCACCUACCACUGCAAGAACAGCAUUGCCUACAUGGAUGCAGAAACUGGCAACCUUAAGAAGGCUGUUGUGCUGCAGGGAUCCAACGACGUUGAGCUACGAGCUGAAGGCAACAGCAGAUUCACUUUCAGUGUUCUCGAGGAUGGCUGCUCUAGAAAGAACAACGAAUGGGGCAAAACAAUCAUUGAAUACAGAACAAAUAAGCCAUCCCGCUUGCCCAUCCUUGACAUUGCACCUUUGGAUAUUGGCGGCGCUGACCAAGAAUUCGGUUUGGACAUUGGCCCAGUCUGUUUUAAAUGAAUGAACUAAAAUUAACUUAAAUCCUCUCCCAAAUUAUUCUCUUGUCAUUUCUUUUUAUAAUGAAAGCUGACUCCUUCCAUUUCCUCUGUUCAUCUACUUGCUUAAACUCUGGGCCAAAGAGAAGGAGAAGAAUUGAUUGGAGCAUUGUGCAAUGAAAUUUAAUACAACCCCAAAUGGACUUGGAAGUCUUUGAAGAUUUAACACCUUGUGUUGGGAAAUGUCAACCUUUGUAAAGAAAAAAAAAAAAAAACCAAAAUAAAAAGUCAUGAAAGUUUGCACCACUUGUGGCCUUUGAAUAUCUUCCACAGAGGAAGUUUAAAUCCAUGACUUCCAAAGGUUUAAGCUACCUCAUACACUAAAUCAAGAGUGAUCCACAUAUUUUGUAGGAACUUCUCCAUAUGAUCUGAGGUACUUUCAAUUCCACUCAAAAUACAGUGGUGCUAUUUGCAUAAUUACAGAGUAUCUUUCCAAUACUUGAACUUUGAUGGUGCUAGUGGCAUUUAAAGUAUUGCUUCUCUGUUUCUUUGAAGUCUGUCUUAAAACUUAGGAUGUCCUGUCUCACCCACAGCUUAAGCAUGUGGAUAAUUUUUCUUCUUCUUUGUCUUCUUCCUCCAAAAUCAGGUGUUCCCACUUUCAAAUUGCAUUUCAAUCUUCUACUAUGGGUAAAACAAAGGUCAUCAUUUCUCAAAAAAGAAAGAAAAUGUAUUUUGUAUAUGUGAGAUGUUUAAAUAAAUUGUGAAAAAAUGAAAUAAAGCAUGUCCAGUGGUCCAAAA